GGCAGAGGCCCGCGUGAGCGCCGCACGUCCCCGCUGGGGUCAUGGCUGCCUCCGGGAAGCUCGGCACCUUCCGUCUCCCGCCGUUGCCCACGAUUCGAGAAAUCAUUAAGUUGUUCAGACUGCAAGCCGUGAAGCAGCUCUCCCAGAAUUUUCUCCUGGACUUGAGGCUGACAGAUAAAAUUGUAAGGAAAGCUGGCAAUCUGACAGAUGCUUACGUUUAUGAAGUGGGUCCUGGGCCAGGGGGAAUCACAAGAUCCAUUCUCAACGCGGGUAUUGCUGAACUUCUGGUGGUUGAAAAGGAUAGUCGAUUUCUUCCUGGAUUACAGAUGCUUUCUGAUGCAGCACCUGGAAAACUGAGAAUUGUCCAUGGAGAUGUGUUGACAUUUAAGGUAGAAAGGGCGUUUCCAGAAAGUCUUAAAAGACAAUGGGAGGAUGAUCCUCCAAAUGUACAUAUUAUCGGAAAUCUGCCUUUUAGUGUAUCAACUCCACUGAUUAUCAAGUGGCUUGAAAAUGUUUCUCGUAGAGAUGGACCUUUUGCUUAUGGCAGAACCCAGAUGACAUUGACUUUUCAAAAGGAAGUGGCAGAGAGACUUACAGCCACUACAGGAAGCAAACAGCGUAGUCGCCUUUCCAUCAUGGCCCAAUACCUCUGCAACGUGCAGCACAUCCUCACAAUUCCGGGUCGGGCUUUUGUCCCCAAACCAGAGGUGGACGUGGGCGUGGUGCACUUCACUCCCCUGACACAGCCCAGGAUAGAGCAGCCAUUCAAGCUGGUGGAGAAGGUCGUUCAGAACGUGUUUCAGUUCCGAAGGAAGUACUGCCAUCGAGGGCUUGGAAUGUUAUUCCCUGAAGCUCAGCGCCUAGAAAGCACUGGAAAACUGUUACACUUGGCAGAUGUGGACCCUAUCCUUCGACCCAGGCAGCUGUCUGUCUCACAUUUUAAGAGCCUCUGUGAUGUGUACCGGAAAAUGUGUGAUGAAGACCCACACCUCUUUGCUUAUAGUUUCAGAGAAGAACUCAAGCAAAAUAAAAGCAAAAAUCAGGAAAAAGAGCAUAAGGAGAGUUACAGACUAUAGCUGCCGCUUUAGGGGCUAGCAGCUUGCAGAGUGUUGAUUUUCACAAUGUGAGCUUCUUAUGUGUGUACCCUUUUGUCUUCUACAGAAUGACAAUAAAAAUACCAGUUACCAGA